AAUUUUAUUAAAAAUAAAAUUAUAAAUAAAACAAAAAUAUAUAAAUUUGAUAACCCACUCAUGAGGCCAAGUUUCUUCUGUAAAUUCCACAGUACCAUGAAACCCUAAUCCCCAAAAUAUUACGGCGAUCGAACCUGCUUCAGGCUUGUCAGAGGUUCCUGUCCGUCAUGCAGAUCAGUUGCUUUUGUUAGUGAACUUUCAUGAGAUUCAGAAAAGGAGGUAGAGUUGAGGUUUUGAGCCUCAAAGAGACACCUUAUGGUGGGUGGAGAGCAGCCGAGAUUCUCUCUCGGAAUGGUCAUACGUACAUUGUUAGAUACAAUGCCUUGGAGGAGAGAGUUGCAAGGAAGAGCAUCAGGCCGUGUCCUCCGCAAAUCGAUGUAGACAGAUGGAAAGCCGGUGAACUUGUUGAGGUUCUUGAUAACGUUUCUUGGAAGACCGCCACGGUCCUCGAGGAGUUGUCUGGAAGAAGAUACUAUGUGGUUCGGUUGCUUGGUGCUGCAGCUAUGGAACUAACCGUUCAUAAAGUUAAUCUCAGGGCUCGACAAUGUUGGCAAGAUGAAACAUGGGUUGUGAUUGGAAAGGUAUCUUGUUCUGUGAAGUCCUCGACGGUGACUGGAUCAGAUGUAAACCAGAAUCUAAAGAAGCCACACGAGAGGAGUGUUGCUUCUUUAAGAGGGUUGAAGAGACCUUCACCCUGUGAUUGGUGUGAGUCUGCUGAAUCGUUCACUGGAAGUCCUAAGAAGAAGAUGCGAUCAAUGCAGGAAGCUUCUGUUGACAAUGGUUUCCGUCAAAUGGUCAGGGUAAGACCAAAAAGGUCUAGUGAAUGUGCUGUUGUUCGUACAGGAAGCUCAGUCUAUAAUGGUUGUUGUGAAUCUGAUGCAUUCUCGGUUGGUAGUUGUAGCCCUAUUAGAUAUGAUGAGAGUGAUGAUACCUCAACUUCUUCUAGUCAAGACUCCGACUCUUGCAGCAGUAGAGAACAAGCUAGUGGUGGGAAAGUGAGGAGGAGGUCAUGUAGGGCUGAACUAAACACAUACCGUAGUACACUGGGGAAGUUAUUUGCGUCGGGGCCUUUGGAUUGGAAUCAGGAAGCAUCACUAACCGAUCUCCGACUUUCUCUAAAUAUAUCAACUGAUGAGCAUUUGAUGGAGAUAAGAAAUCUAAAGUCAACACAUAGUAAAUUUUGUGUUGGCAAUACUUCCCUGCAAUGUGGAAUCAAGUGUUACAUAUUGUUGUUUUUACAAGAGGUGUUCUUAUAGUGAUUGUAUAGGGCAACAGAAUGGAAGAGAAGUAUGUAUGGAAUCUCCAAUCCUUUAUUAUGAUGUCUUUCUUCUAACAGAUUACUUUUUGUUGUAAGCUCUGGAUAAUAAAGUUUUUAGAAAAAGUUACAGUA